AUUUAAAUAAUGAUAAAUAAUCAUGCAUAUAAAUUGCACAGUUGUAUAUUUAUUUAGUUUGUCUUAUUAUUAAAUAUUCUUUAUAAUUUUGUAAUCCUCCUCCCACGGGACCCACCUUGUCGUGGUGGAGGAGCUUGCGGGCCUUUAACUAGGUCUUACCAAGCGGUCCCAACCUCGGUACUGACCUUAAGUGGUUGGUAUCGGAGCUUCCUCUGGUCUUGGCUGGCUGGAGGUGGCAGGUCGGAGGCAACCUACUCGCGAUGAGCAAAUGCCCUAAGGGAAGGAAAACCCUGACAAAAAACCCCUCAACUCCCAACUCGUCAAGGGGGUCACUUGGCACGGAGGUAGUUACGUGUCAACGAGGAUCCUGCAGAUACCUGGCGCCCUCUGCAGUACACAGCCUUCCCCGUGGUACACUGCUCUGCCACGGGGUGACCCCCCUUCAUGCCCACUCGUGGGAACUAUAUGGAAACUAAAAAGAAACCAGGACCACCAACUGGCCAAUUGGUGGACGGGAGCCAACCCGUUAAAUUGGACGGCCUGGCAGACGCCGUAAAGUCUGCGACGAAGGAUCGAAUGUCUAAUCGUCCUCAACCUGCUCAAUCGUCUAUCAACAAUCAGACCAAUUUCGUAAACAAGCCGAAUUAUUCAUCUCGCGCCGGUAAAAUGGUCAAAGUGUUGUAUGGACGCGACUACAGCCACUACGGCCUAACCAGAAAUAAUAAUGUUACACUGUUAUGCACGUACUUCGCGACUAAUAAAAGGGAUCGUAUAGAUUCCCUAAUAGAUUCAAACCAAAUCAAAAUGAAACCUCGAGUAAUGACUUCCAUUCAGAUAAACGUAAAUUAUGUACUAGGUACACCUAUUAAAAAUGAACAGAUUAAAAUACAACCAUAUGACAAAAGCUCAAAUAAAAUUAAUGCGGUUCUCGAAGGUCUAGGUUUUGUGUGUAAUAAUGAUAAAAUAUAUACAUAUCGUGCAUAAUACAUAUUAUACAUAUUAUACACUGUUAUAAUGUUAAUAAUCAAUAUAAUACCGGAUACGGCACAAAAACUCAUACGUCACCUGCAAAGUCAAAAUUUUUGUCACAUCAUGUUUGGUAUCGCAAAGCCAUCUCCAAAUGGAUUGACAAACAUGGAAAGCACAAAGCAAUAGUGUAGAUUCCGGAAAGACUUCUUGUAGUGCUUGACGUUCUGCUGUACUAUCGUCUGUCAUGAAUACUAAAGCACCUGAAGGAAUGCCACCAACCUUUGAAACGCCAAAAAUAAAGUGAUACAAGAACCACUUUGAUCACAUGAACUUGUAGAGUCCACAAAAAUAAUGUCUUGGGAAAAAGGCAUUUUGUAAGCUCUCAUCAUAAGUGGAGUAAUAAUUACUACACAUAAUGAAAACUCACAAUGAACAGAACUACAGAAUAAGAAAACUUCAAAUUUCAAUUAUCUUGUAAAUAAUGAACUAAUGAGCUAUGAUAACUGACAAGUGAUAACGUAUCUUGCGCAAUGAGGGAUGUGGGUGCCAUACCCGUCUGACCGAAUUCAGUUACGGUUCGUAAAUACGUCGACCUGCCGCCGACGGCGAGUAGUGGGCGUGACUUAAACGCCGCACGCUUGCGGAAUGCGAAAACACUUAACAGCGCAUUCUCUCGGCCGUUGUAUACGUUUCACUUUACGUGUAGCGUCCUAUUAAUAUUAGGCCCACUGCAUUCAAAUUUAUUAUCAAUGUCAUCCACCAAUUUAUUCACUUGCAAAAAAAGUAGCUGAAAUAGUUGUUACCGAGACAGUGAAAGUAGAAAUUGAAAGGAUUUUUCAAUAAAAAGGUUAUUAUUAAUAUUAGCGGCGCGGCAAUUUUCAACUAGCACACCCCACUAGUUAGGUAAUCAUGCUAUAAAUCUGAAAAUAAAAACAACAAUUAAUGUAAAUCCCACAGUUAGCUAUUAUAAAUUAAUAACUACAGUAAUUAAUAAUUACGGUUAUUAGUUUAUCCUUUUUGAUCAUAACACUUGGUUAGUUUUUCUAAUGCACUUCGGCAUUUAUUUAAAUCAUCAGAAUUCGCUUUCGCGCAUUCUAUAAAACUUUUUAUUUCGUCCUCACAUGGUGGCUUAAUGUAUUUUGAUACCACUUUUUCCUAAUAAUAAAUAAAUUAUCAUUAUAAAUAAUAUAUUAUUUAUAAAUUUUUAAAUUAUUAUAUAUACGGCUACUACUUUUGCAGUUUCCUUUACUUUUAUUUCUGCAAUUUUUUUGGCGGUCGAAUUUAUUGAUCAUAACACUUGGUUAGUUUUUCUAAUGUACUUCGGCAUUUAUUUAAAUAAUCAGAAUUCGCUUUCGCGCAUUCUAUAAAACUUUUUAUUUCGUCCUCACAUGGUGGCUUAAUGUAUUUUGAUACCACUUUUUCCUAAUAAUAAAUAAAUUAUCAUUAUAAAUAAUAUAUUAUUUAUAAAUUUUUAAAUUAUUAUACAUACAACUAAUAUUUUUGUGGUCUCGCCAUGAUGAUUUCUACAAUAUCCUUAGCCAGUGGUCGUCCUGUAUCAGUUUCCAUAAUUUUUUUAAUAUGAUUGCCUAAAAUAUUAAUUAACGCCGUAAGCUGAGUAAGAAGAAAAUAGUCUACCAAUAUAACAGGCAUCGAUACUGUACAAAAUAAAUAUAUUUAUACAUUUAUUAGAUAUAAUAUACUUAUUUACAUUUAAUCUUAUUAUAUAUUAUUAUAUUAUUAUUAUACAGUGUCGCCACAGUGGCAUUCUCACCACUUUUGGAAGUAUCACUGGUCUAAGUCAUUU